CUAAUUUACAAAACAAACAACAAAACAUUUCCCAAAACUUCAACACGCAACUCUAGCUUCGUCGAAGGGUAGCGAACAGCUGAACAAUGGUGGAACGAAUUCUGGAGGAAAACGCUUCUGACGCGAAUUCAGGCUCUAAUACCGAGAUGACUCGCUAUAGUAGCGAGGAUAUUUCCGGCAAUGAGUCGAAUGAAGCAACUAAAAUGACGGAAACCGAAAGACAAGCUGAUUUCAAUCGGCACAAGGAAGAAAUGAAAAGGAAACGUCGAAAAAAGAAAAGGACAAGUUCUUCAUUGCAUUCUUCAACUUUUCAAGAACUGUACAAAUUGACAGGAGAAAUUCUUGGCGAAGGUGCAUAUGCAUCAGUACAAACCUGUGUAAAUAUUUACACUGAUUUAGAGUAUGCUGUGAAAAUUAUUGACAAGAUACCUGGGCAUGCACGUGCAAGAGUUUUUCGUGAGGUAGAAACUUUCCAUCAUUGUCAAGGUCACCCUGGCAUUCUUCAGUUGAUUGAAUUUUUCGAGGACGACGAAAAAUUUUAUUUAGUAUUUGAAAAAAUAAAUGGAGGACCUCUUUUAACUCGCAUACAAGAGCAUAUUUGUUUUUCCGAGCAUGAGGCCGCUCAGAUUAUCAAAGAAAUAGCCUCUGGCUUGGAUUUUUUACAUAAGAAGGGUAUCGCUCAUAGAGAUCUUAAGCCAGAAAAUAUACUGUGUGUAUUUCCGGAUAAAUUAUGUCCAAUAAAAAUAUGUGAUUUUGAUUUGGGUUCUGGAAUUAAGUUCACCACGGAUAUAUCAUCGCCGGCAGCAACACCAUUACUACUAACACCGGUGGGAAGUGCUGAAUUCAUGGCACCAGAGGUUGUUGAUCUGUUUGUUGGUGAAGCAAACUAUUAUGAUAAGCGAUGCGAUUUAUGGUCUCUUGGAGUCAUUGCUUAUAUCUUAUUAUGUGGCUAUCCACCAUUUUCUGGUAAUUGUGGACAAGACUGUGGCUGGAAUCGUGGUGAAAAUUGUCGUACCUGCCAGGAAUUGCUAUUUGAAUCAAUUCAAGAAGGUAGAUUCAGUUUCCCCGAACAAGAAUGGGCUGAAGUGAGUCAAGAGGCUAAAGAUUUGAUAAAAGGUUUGUUAGUGAAGGAAGCUCCAAAACGGUUGAGUGCUGAAGCAGUUUUAAAUCAUCCAUGGAUUAAAAUGGCUGAGGAGGAACCGGCUAAUAGUGUUAAAAUGGAAAGUCGUCGAAAAGCAUUGAAAACACCUGGUAAUAUUCGACGCAAUCAAUCGGCACGUGAACUAUCACAGUUUGCCGAAUCCGCAAUGGCUGUGAAACGUGUUAUCUUACAACAUUUUUCGAUGCGUUACGAUUAUAUGACAAAGGAACGUCCAAACAUAUAUCAACCAUCGCGUACUGAUUAUGCAUCUGCUGUGAACAGUCAUCACAAUAACAUACAAUCACGUUACAGUAUCUACGGAAAGAGUAGCAACAUUGUAGGUAACAAGAGCAGUUACAGUAGCAGCAAUUACAAGAGCAGCAGCCGUAGCAAUAACAGUAACGAUUACGAUAAUCAUAUGCAGCGAGAGAAUGUUGGUAAUAUUGUUGAUGAUUGUACCGACCUACUACAAAAUACAAAACAAAAUAAACAAUGUGAUAUAAAACAAAGUGAUGCAAAAAGCGACAGUGUGCAGCAGGAACUGGAAAUUUGCCAUCAAGAAAAGAAGGAGGAUUGUGAGAAGUCUGUGGAGGCGGAGGAAUCUGCUGUAGUAGCAACUACAACUUCACCUUCAAUUUCAAACGCUACUAAUUCUAAUUGUAAUACUGACGCAAUAACAAAGUCUUCUCCUAGUGCUAACGUUAAGAUACCGCCCCCAACAACUACAAUCCCUGAUAAUGAAUUAAAUUCUGAUUGCACGAAAUCUUCAUCAUCUUCGGCUAGCGAAAACCCUAGUUCCUCUCCCACGUUUAAAACUCCAUCUACCGUUGCUAGCCUUCGUAGUAAGAAUGGAAACAGUCAUGCUGACGAUGAUUCCGAUAUUGAUGACGAUUUCGACGACUAUUUUAAGAAGAAAGAUUUGUCAGCCGCGAAGUUCGCGAUGACAAAGAAAACGCGAGAUAAUCCGAUCACGCUAUUGAAUAGUAUUACGGAGUUGAAGGAGAAAUUACCGCACGAAACGAACGAUGAUGGGCAUUGUUCAGGUGACAGUAGUGGUAGUGGUCAGAGCAGUGGUCGCAGCAGUGGCAGCAGUGGAAACAAGAACGUAGCCUUCGACUGGAGGCAGCCACAGCGAAAGUCACCUAUUGACAACGAUUGUAAAGUGGCCGCGGCGAAGCCCUACUCUAAUCGAAAGAAAUUCGUCGAAAACGAUGACGACUCUGAAAACGAUAGUGAUAAAAUGUCAUCACCGAAACAUCAUCCUCGUCCCUCCUUCCCGAAAUAUCGCAAUCCGGCAAACAAUAUCAAUCCCCGAAAUGUAUAUGGAAACUUCGGGAUGGGUUGCCCAAAUAGUCGUUACCGCCCCGAGGAUAAUUGGCGUUAUCGUCGCAGCAGUAACAGUCAUCCGACGGGCUUCCGUAACCAUCGUAACAUGUACAACGGGGGCGGUAACAAUCAGCAGCAGCAACAGAUGAUGAUGAUGGGACGUGUCAAUAAUUUUGGUCCGACUCGUAACUAUUUCGCAAGUCAUAACAGCGACACAACUUCGAAGUACAAUGUAGGUGAACGGGGUGGAGGUCACUACGGCGGCAACUACCAUUCUAACUAUCAUCGUACGAACGGUAACCAUGUGAACGGAGAUACCGAGCGUAGAGGAGGAGUUAUUAAUGGCAGUAAUGCCUCUCCAGGCGGAGCGGGCGUAACAUAUAAUAAUGGUGGGCGCAAUGGUGGCAUCGAAAUCUACAACUGGCGAAACGAUUGUAUCUACUCGUCAGCACGCAAUUGUGGUUUUGCUGCUGUCAAUGCACCAUCAAACACAGGACAUCAUAAUUCCCCAAUCGGCGGUAAAAAUCGUCAAGGAUCAGGUGAAUAUGAUGAAAAUGGUUGUACGUUGGGCAUUGGGCUCUCACCGCCCAGUGAAAGUCUACUAAUGCAACGACGAAUGCGCAUGACGGCCAAUCGGAAUCCGGCAAUCGAUUUGCGCAGUCCACCGGCAACUGCAAGUGGUUAAUUCGAUGCAACAUACAACUAACGAUUUCUGAAGCAGCUCCGCCUACAAAAAACACUUUUUUGAAAACAAAAACAAAAAAAAACAUUUAAAAUAGAGGAGGAAGUUAGACGUGUAUAAGCUCAGCGGAGAAGUAGAAAUAGAAGAAAAGUCGAUAAGAAGUGUGAAGUUUAUCAUGCAUACAGCUAUAUUAUAUAUACUUCCGAUUCAGAUGUUUAUCAUUUAUAUAAUUUUUUUUUUAUUUCUUAUCGUUUUCUUUUUUACAUGAGAAAGUAUCUUUGUGAAAGAAGAAAAUGGAAAAUAGAAGAUGAAGAAGAUGCAACAAAAGUCAUAAACAUUUCCUACAUUUAUAAUACUAUUAUAGAUCUUUUUUAUAAUUGUUUAUACAUUUAUUAUCAAACAAUCCUUUUUCUCAAUUGUCCUUGUUGUAGAGAAGAAAAUACAAGAAACCUCAAUACAUAUUGUGUUUCGAGUCGGUCUGAGGUAUUCCUUGAUUCAAUGGUUUACUUUUAUGUUUUCACUCUCAAUACAGAUACAGAUACCUGGAGACUCAAUUUCAAUCUAUGUCCAUCAUUUUGCUAUCUCAAUCCAGCAUGAAAAACAAAACAAUGGAACGAUGAAGAAGCAAACGUUAAAACCACAUUUAUUUGCAAAUAAAGUCUUAAAAAAAAUUAUAAAAAAAUUAAAAUAAAUUCUUUCUUCCUUUUUGUCCAAACAAACGAAACGAAGAUUGUUGAAAAAUCUAAAAAUAAAAAAAAUAAAUGAGAAUAAGAUUUGAUAAGAAGCAUAUAUAUUUUUGUAUUUAUGAAAGCAAAGUGAGAAGCACUAAAAGUGAAGAGUGAAAUGAUGAAAAUCAAUUUGAAAAUUUCUUACAUCUCCUCCUUUUUAAAUAAUUGCUAUUAAUAUUAUGGUACCGUUACUACUUUGAUCACGAUUAUAUCGUUUGUUUGUUUUGCAAGUUUGUUCGGCCGACAGAUGAUCUGUAAACCUUGUGCCACUACCACCGUUUCGAUUAUUAUGUAUUUGUAAUGUUUUCCAUAAGUUUUAAGAGAUAUUCUCUUUGGGUGUAGAGAUCAUGUCGGCAAAAAAAUUUGAACAAGUCCUCGAGCGUCAGUUACAGCGAUCCUAUCAUUAUGGCCAUAUUACAUUGUAUUUAGUAAAGUAAACGUAGUGACUCAUAGUUCAAAAUUUUUACUUAGCUUGAUUAUUCGAUAUUUUUAAUUUAGUCGAUUCUUUCCUUGGUUUAACUCGAAUUUAGGCUUCAAUUAGACUCAAAUUCAAUUUGAAACGGUUCGAAUCAAUUUGCUGGAUGAUGUGAAAAUAUAGAGCCGUGUUUAACGAAUGUAUCUUAAAAGGCCAGUGAGAAUCGAAUUAGGACUAAUUUAGAUCAACCGAUUUCGGUAGGCAAAACUUAAGCAAAAAUCUAGUAACAAUUUUUGAUUUUGUUUUUAAUAUCAAAUAUUUAUUCCGGCUGUAACUGAUGCUUCAGCGACCGUGUAUCUACACAAUAAUAUUAUUGUUCCAUUCAGACUGAGAUUUAUUAGAAUUAGAGAGUAUAUGAUGUAUUUUUUUAUAUAGUAUGUACUGUACAGUGUUAUAUUUUCUACUGCAUACAAACGCGAACAUACACUCAUGUAAACGACACUACAGAGUAAUUGAAAAUGAAUCAAUCAUGUACUACUUUCUUGAAAAGAAAUUUAAAUGAUUUUUGUAAAAAUGAAACCUUGACUCCAGUUAUCAAGUUGAUUUUUUUUAUACAUGCUUUACUUAGUUUUUCGUCCUGUACUGGUUGUUGCUAUCCAGCCAACCUUACUAUUACUAACAAUUUAGAACUUAUUUGUCUUUUUCAUUAAAAGUUGAAAAAUCAAAAUUUAAAAUUUUCCAAAAAUUUUUUUAACUUUGAUCUAUGGAAGAGAAAGAGAUUGCAAUGCAAAAAAAAUAAAUGGAAUGUACGGUACACGCCUAAA